AUCAACUUUUUAAUUUGCCAUUUCUUUAAAGCUAAUCACUUCUUUUUAAUUUGAUUUUUGUUAUAAUAUAUACAUAUAUAUAUAUUUAUAUAUAUACACAUAUGAAUAUACGAAGUGCGCACGAAAUGCGCAAGCAAUGUGCGUCACACAAAAAGUUUCAUAUGUAGCUUGAUUAUACGCAGGAAUAUGUUAGAUAAUUAAUUUACGACUGAACCUCAUAUUUAUUUUUAUUUUGAAAUAAUAUAUUGUAGAAUCUUAGAUAUGAUACUGUUAACUACAAUUCAAUAAACGAAAAAAAAUUGGUUUAUCCUAUAUUAAAACAUAAUUUAUAGUAUUUUAUUGUUCUUUAUUAAAAUUCAUAAAUUGUAAUUAAUUAUUAUUAAAAGUGUAACGCUGUUGUAUUUUCAAGCUUAUAUUUUAAUGGAAAAAGUUUAAGUGAUGUGAACAAAAAGAAAGGAAUACAAUGACAAAAAUUAUUGAAUUACGUCCUGAUAAAAAUCUAAUAAACCCAAAAUUUGAAAAAUAUCAAUUUUCGACCGAUGAAAUUCCAAUUGCUUCUGAAAUAAACUUAAAUGCAAAUGUUCAGAGGUUAGAAUUGACCUCAAAUCGAGAUUCUCUGUUGGAAACUCAUUUAUUUGCAUUUCACAAUCAUUUAUUUAAAAAUCCAUAUGAUACGUCUUAUUGGUUCAUAGAUGACAAUUGGUCAGUUUGGAGAUAUAGCAAAGAUGGUAUUUUAAAACAGUUAUAUCAAAUACACAAUACUAAUGCAAGUGUAGAGAAUGUGUUGUAUAAUCCAUCAAUUGGUUUCACUACUAAUAAUAUUAUGAUAAUUUCUGAUGGUGGAAAUUAUUUAAAUAUAUUAUUAGUAAAGGAUGAAGAACAUAUUAAAGCCUUUUCAUUAAGCGAUACAGAACCUGGAGUUAUCUUAGAUGUGAGGUAUCUGAGUGCAACAUCUACUGUCGUAGUUGCUUUGCGUAAUAUUAAGAAUACUGGUGAAAAAAAAUUUACAAGUCUCCUGUUAUUAACAUACGCAUGGAAAGAUGCAGGAGAACCGCACCAGUCUUUCAAAUUUAUUUCUAAAGAAGUUUUAACAGUUAAUGGUGCUAUUGAAUAUGUAUAUAUAGAAGAUAAUGGCAGAUAUUUCCAUUCAAUUUGUCAAGAUUAUGUUACAUUCAAGCAUUCAAGACUCCAAGAAUCUGCUGAUAGUAAAAAUGGUUUAGAAAAAUCAUCCAAAAUAAAAAUACCAAGGUAUUGUUGGUCACAAGAUGAAGAUUCAUUGACAAUUUGGAUAAAAGUGGAUAGAGAGCAACAAAAAGAUGUCAAAGUGCAAGUGACGUCGUUAGAGCUAUCAGUAACAUUGAAUGGUAUUGUGUUAAUACAAGGUCAAAGUCAACAUAGAUUAGACGAAGAUUUAACAACAUGGAAAUAUGAAGACGAUACAUUUAAGCUUGAAUUAUUUAAGCAUGAAAGUGGUUUGAUGUGGAGUGAGCUAAUUAAAGGUGACACUGGUGGUGAACAUUUACCAAAUGAAACAUUAGCUGCCGAAAUUCAUUCCAGGUUAGCACAUUUGUGUACCGAUCAAACAGAUGGUAAACUAGAAGGUCAACCCUGUAUAGGGUUCAAUUCUGAACAACUCGAAGAGUGUGAUCUUGAAGGAAAAGAUAAUCUGUUGCAAAGAAUUGAUCUUGUCGCACAAAAGAAUACACAUUUAGCUAUGCUAGGAACAAGUAAUCAUGUGUUAUUUACAUACAAAACAAAGAUUGGCCAAGCAAUAUGUUUAAGACAUGAUAAUGACGGAUGUUUGUGGGUUACUGGUAAAGUUGAUGAUAUUAAAUGGGACAUAAAACAUUAUUAUACCUUUCCUGGCUUUGGUUACGUUGAAGCUAGCAAAAGUAACAAAAAAUUUUGUGUUUCCCCAGGUGAUGGUUCAUAUGUGGCUAUACUGGAACAUACAAGAUACAUUUUUUUAUACAAAAGACCUGAAUUAAAUACUCAAGUUGAGAAACAGUGGAUUGUGGAUUUGGGAACUGAAGCACUUCCUAUUAUGGGAGCCACAGCUACAAGCAAAUAUUUAAUUGUACUUACUAAAAAUAAAUUAUACCGCUUGCAUAUCUGUUUCUAAAAAUAGAUGCAUUGAUUGCUCUGAUGAAACUUAAUAUAACAUAAUCAAUGCUUUUAUUAAGACUAUCAUUGAUUACAAACAACAUUAUAUGUAAUUACUUCCUUCAUCUACUUUUAAAGUUGCAAUUUUGGAAAAAAAAAGAUAAUUCGAAAUUCGGUCAUGAUUACAAAAUAAUAAACAAUCCUCGCACUGAAAGAAAAUAAUUUUCAAAGGACAUGGGCCAAAGUUGAAUCUUGCAAUAAACUAUUCUAAGUGGCAGUUCACUGUAGUUAUAUAUUGCAGUGUAAAGGUUGAUCAUUUUGUAAAUCUUAUUUGUGGAACUUGGAACUGACAUGGUCUACAAGAUCCUUCAUAGUCAUAUUUUUAUCUUUAUGCCAAUACCAAAUAAUACGAUUGCUAUAUGUUUCACUGAAGUACGCAUGAGGUACAUCAGGCU